AAUCUCAAAUGUGAUCACAUUGAUUUCCUAGAAUGCUUCCCCUCAUGGCACUGAUAAAAAUACUUCAAGCGAGAACAACAAUGUUGAAAGCGAAUCAUUGGAUAUAGAUAGCACUUAUCACUGCAGUCACGUGGUGUGCCUAUAUACCUAUCAGUUUGUCCGGGAAACCACCAGGUUCACAUCUUGCAACAACUUCGCUUGCGACGUUGCCGUUAUUUUUGUUUAGUUAUGUAUCGUACAGCAUUCGAUGAGUAUGGCGAAUUAUUUCUUAAACAGGGUAGGGAACAUUUCAUUAAGAAAUGUGCUAUUUUGUGUGUCAUAAAGUUAAAAUUUCGCAGUUCUGGCCGCAAAAAAGUCAUCCGUUUUAAAAAUUUUGGACGCAAAGGAAAACACGCAGAAGAAAUAGCGAUUCGUCGAAUAGAAAAUGAAGAAAACGGAGGAGAAUGGACUGCAACUCGAGUGGAGAUGUACAUCUCAUUUUCCCCAUGUAACAACUGCUGCGAACGGAUCGCGGACUUCAUAGCGAAGCAUCCAGGAUGUUGUGUUCGAAUCGCCUUCUCCUGUUUGUAUCGAUAUACCGAAGAGAUUCACUGUGAGGCCCUACGAAAACUGAAGUUGAACCAGGAAAUCACUCGGUUGGAUGUGUUCAAAGCCGCAGACUGGCGUCUGUUGAGGUUUCGUGGGCAUCUCCACCUGUCACCGUACGCGCGGGAGAACAUGAACAGAUGGGAUGGCAUCUGGCGAGAUCGGCUUACAGCGAUCCUGAACCCG